AUGGGCAAAUGGCGUUAUGGUGUCGUCCUGGACGCGGGCUCGUCUGGGACUCGCGUACAUGUUUACCGAUGGCUACGAAAUGCCGCUGCACGAAAGAACGCCGAUGUGGAGGAGUUGAAAUCGCUACCGGAAAUCAAAACCAAGGAGGAAUGGACGAAGAAGAUUCACCCUGGUGUUUCUUCAUUCGCCAAUAGACCCGAAUUAGUUGGAUCAGACCAUCUCGCUCAACUAUUAGACCACGCCAAGGCAAUCAUUCCUGUCGAGGAUGCCAAGGAUACUCCCAUCUUUCUCCUGGCCACUGCAGGCAUGCGACUGCUGGGAAACCUCGAACGACAAUUGCUUCUGGAUCGGAUCUGUUCUUAUGCUCGUGACAACUCUGAUUUUUUGCUUCCAGACUGUGAUGUUCACAUUCAGGUAAUUCCCGGUGUGACCGAGGGACUCUAUGGAUGGAUUGCGACAAACUACCUAAUGGGAUCCUUUGAUGCCCCGGAGAAACAUGACCAUGGAAAGGGACACAACACCUACGGAUUCCUCGAUAUGGGUGGCGCAUCGGCCCAAAUUGCGUUCGCUCCGAAUACUACGGAGACAGAGAAGCACGCUGAAGACCUUAAAUUGUUGCGAUUGCGGAACAUUGAUGGAUCGAUCCAAGAGCACCGAGUGUUUGUCACUUCGUGGUUGGAGUUCGGCGUGCAUGAAGCCCGACGACGUUACCUGGACGCUCUACAGACGGCAACUGGGCCAGAUAUUGUAGAGUUGCCUGACCCUUGUCUUCCCAGUGGAUUACGGACUACACUUGAUGGCAAAGUCGCACCGGCGAGCGAGACAGAAACCUAUCUGCUAGGUACAGGCAAAUUCGAUGAAUGUCUCCGUCAGACGUUCCCAUUGCUGGACAAGGAUGCUCCGUGUGCGGAUGAACCGUGUCUGCUAAACGGUAUCCACGUUCCAGCUAUCGACUUCGACGUUAACCAUUUUAUCGGGAUCAGCGAGUACUGGCACACCACUCACGAGAUUUUCGAAAUGGGAUAUAAAGACAAAGCAUACGACUUCAACACGUAUCAACAACGGGUCCAAACGUUUUGCUCUCAAGACUGGGCCUCCAUUGAGCAUGGCCUUGAACAGCACAAAUGGGGAAAGAAGGUUGAUCACCAAAAGGCCUACGAAGUAUGUUUCAAGGCGUCAUGGAUCAUCAAUAUGCUACAUGAUGGCAUUGGAGUGCCUCGCGUGGGCUUGGAGGAUACGACUGGCUCUUCGCACAACGGUACUAAAGAAGUCUUGUCCCAUGGAAAAGAAAAGGGCUACCUCGAUGCUUUCCAGGCAGUCAACAAGAUUGACUCGACCGAAGUGAGUUGGACUUUGGGCAAGAUCGUUUUAUAUGCAUCUUCUCAGGUGCCUUUAGAGAUCGAAGAACAAGGUCUUCCAGUAGGCUUCGGCAGCAACGUCCCUGGUGUCCCGUCCGACUUCCAGUAUCCCAGUGUUCAACUACUGCCGGAUUCAGACAGUUUCCACAGUGAGCACUGGCACGACGCACUAUUCGAUGGUGAUUCCCCUCGCCGGAUCCCAGGAUUCGUCCUCUUCAUGCUCAUUGUUUUCAUGGCUGGCUUCUUCUUAUGCGGACGCAGCCGUCGAUCGCGGAUCUUCAACCGCGUGAGUAACGUGUUACGCCGCGGCGGGCCAUCGCACCCCAAUCACCCGAAGAAACGAAAGGGGCUAAAGUCGAUGCUGCCAUUCAUCGGUCGAAGCACCGCCUCUUACGAGCGAGUCCUCGAGGACGGUGCUCAAGAUUACGAGCUUGGUGCCAUCGAGUCCGACGGGAGCGAGGAUGGUGGACGUCUUUCCGAGGCAGACUCGGCUAGACUGGGACCACCGAAGCGAGCGUCAAGCUGGGGAGCAACAACAGCAACACCCCCAGUUUCAAAUACGCGUUAG